AUGGCUGUUCACUUGGCUGUGGUGCAGGGGUACUGUUGGGAGGGAGCCAAGGUCUGGGAUCCUGGGGGCUGUGUUUGUGGCCCUUGGGGGGAUGGAGUUUUCUGUGAAAAUGAUGGGACUGUGUGUGUGAUAAAAGUGAGUUGUGUGGAGGAGAUGAUGCAGGCUGAAGAAAUUGGCUCAUCAAAGGGUAUAAGGGACAGCAGAUCUGCAAGUGCAGAGAGGAAGCUGACCAGUAAAAGUCAAAAUUCCUCGUUUCAUUUUCCUGUUUUCCUCUCCCUCCGACCCGGACAACGUGCGGAACUGCGGACAGCAGUGGAGCCGUGGAUUGGCGACGUGAGCCAGACCGACGGUGGACUGGGGACGGCUGAGCUGAGGCACGAUAGGUUCACCCUAGCAGCACAAAAUCUUCAGGUUUUGGGUGAGGCUUACCAAGUACUGAGUGAUCCAGCCCAACGACAAGAUUAUGAUGCUUAUGGGAAAUCCGGAAUUUCAACGGAGGCAAUCAUUGAUCCUGCAGCAAUCUUUGCUAUGCUUUUUGGGAGUGAACUUUUUGAGGAUUAGAUUGGACAACUUGCCAUGGCAUCAAUGGCUUCACUAGACAUAUUCACGGAAGGCGAGGAAUUUGAUGCUAAAAAGCUGCAAGAGAAGAUGAGGGUUGUUCAAAGAGAGAGAGGAAAAACUUGCUGAAAUACUAAAAAAUCAACUGAACGUAUAUGUACAAGGAAGUAAGGAGGAAUUUAGGGUUCAUGCUGAAGCUGAAGUGUCACGGCUUUCCAAUGCAGGUUAUGUGCUAUUUAUUAUUUCUUCCAACUUGUUUUGACUUCUUCCAUUAUUCACAUGAUCAGGAAUAAUAUGGAGACAAUUUGAUUACUAGAAGAAACUGCUAACUUACACCAUGUUAAGGAGUGAAGGGCAGAAACAGGCUGUCUAGUUCUUCUAAUCGUAAAGCAUCCUCAAGCUUUUUACAUCUAUGAGGAACUUAUUUUACACAAAUUCUGUUUCGCUGUAUCUUUUCAAAGAAAAAGUUAAUUAACUCACUAGAUUUAUGGAAAAGGUAGAUGAAUUUUUAUUUUUUUUUAUUUUAUUUUUUUUAUUUUUUUGUGAUCUCUUUGGAAUGGGCAAUUGCUGCAUAAGUCCUUUGGGCAUUGAGAUAAGUCUUCACACAAAACUCAAUGUUAUUCUUCAUUUGUUGCAAAAAAAAAAAAAAAAAGCAGUUAGGAAUCUGGGAAUAAGUUUAUGCUUUCCUUGCAGACAAGUCAUAGCAGUGUUCAAGUUCUUUAUGAAUAAGACAGAAACAAGACUUCUCUUUCUUGCCAAACUUUCUUUUCUAAUUCCCUAUAGAAAUCCUCUAUCAGUAUCAUCUUCUUGGGGUUUCAGUAAACUUUGCUUCACGUAUGAUAGCCCCUCUCCCCUUCUCUUUAGCUCCCCUCUCUCUCUCUCUCUUAAUUAUUUUAUUUUAUUUUUUUUAUAAAUCUUUAACUUUUGGAUUUGUAAAGUUGUAUAAGGGGUUGCCACUCUUUAGAUAGUUGUCAUUGGUUUUAUAUUGCAUGAGAUAGGGUAUCACUUUUUGUGAUUUGUGGGCAGAACUGUUGGUCAAUGGUUUCGAGUUGGACUGAGGAAGAGAAGUUUUAGCAACUAGGGGGUUCUUAAAUUUGUGCUACAUUGGGUGGUUUGUGGGUGGUAGAAGUGUUGGGUGGUUUCAAGUUGGAUGAUGAACUAUGGGGUGUCGUCAAUUCUCUGGUAUAUGCUCAUUGGGUACUGCAUUGCAUGAUUUUUUGGUGCAGUUCUUGAGGGUUGAGAGAUGGUGUUCGAGGACCAUCAAGCUAAAGCGGGGUGGAUCGGGGCCUAUACUGGUGUGAAAAGCAUUUGGGAGACUUUGUGGUAGCAAUGAUAGUGGUGCCCUUUGAAAAACAAAGGGUUAUGUCUAUCUAUAGGUUGUGUCUGUUUAUGAAUAGGUGUGCGUGUCUAUAUAUAUGUGUGUGUGUGUAUAUACAUAUAAUUGUAAUUUUUGAGUAUUGUAAUACAUUUUCUCAUUCCUUAGAUUCUUCAUUCCCGCAUGCUUAGUUUCACACAGCUGUUUGCAUCAUAAAUAAAAGGUACAUAGUAGUAACGGAAACAGAGGGCUUGGCAUUGGCGGCGAUUGCUGUGGCAGGCGUGUAUUGGAGGGCAAACUUGCUUGUAAAUUUUGUUUACUGUUUGUGUAUAUAAACGUCAUAUUUUUAAGGUAACAUUAUUUUAAUAACUUCUCAAAAAUAUAAUGGUCAUAUUUUUAG